AUGUCUGGAUUGUGUCCAGUAUGUAAUCAUGAACCAGAAACCAUUUUGCAUUGUCUUAUUACUUGCCCUUUUGCAAGGGAUUGCUGGGUUACUUCGGAUGUUGGAUGGUGGGGUGUUGUAGAUAAUUUCCCAGCUUCGUUGUCAAUGAUUCAGACUCAGUGUGAUAGGCAACAGGUUCAAAAAGCUAUUAUGAUAGCAUGGGAGAUAUGGAAUGCAAGAAAUGGUAUUGUAUGGAAGCAAAAGCAUGUUGUUCCUUAUACUGUUCUUCAAAAGGUGCAUCAUUUCCUUCAGGAGUGGCAGCUGGCAAGAGUUUCCAUGGCUUCUUAUGAUCUAAAUACAGUUCCUGCUGUAAUAAAAUGGCAACCACCAGAUGCGGGUUUGAAAUGUAAUGUAGAUGCAUGUUUUGAUGCAGCAACAGGGUUGGCAGGUGUAGGUUUGGUGAUAAGAGACAGUAAUGGUCAAUUUGUUGAAGGAAUGUGUAAAAGUCUAGGUUAUGACCAAAAUUCUUUGAAUGCAGAGGCUAUGAGAGUAAGAGAGGCUUUAAGUUGGGUUAAAGGAAGGUUGUUUAAUAUGCCUCUGGUGAUGGAGAUGGAUUGUUUGAUGGUGAAGCAAGCCCUGAAUUGUAUUUUGCAUGAUAAUUCUUAUUUUGCUACUUUGAUUCAUGAUUGUAAGUUUCUUGUUAGAGACGUUGCAUCAUUAUCCUUUUCUUUUGUCAAAAAAUCAGCGAACCAAGUCGCUCAUGUGUUAGUAAGGGCUACUGAUUCUAUGUCUGGUUUAGCGAAAUGGAGUGUUAGCCCUCCAGCUUUUAUUCAUGAUGUACCACCUUUUGGUCUUAACAAUAAUUAA